GCACUGGUAGUCAAUAACAAUCACAGCCUUUAUCUCUACAGUCACUGCAUUUGAGUCUCACAUUGUGUUCACAACUACUACUCCCUCACACUUUCUCUCUCACUCUCCCUGUUAUCCAUCGAUUGUCUGCCCGAAGACAGCGGUUCCCAAACCCAUUAAGUCAAGCACAAUGUCAGCGGCGAAGGACAGGAUCAACACUAUUGCCAGGCAUUUGGCCGCAAACGGCGCCGACCAGAGCUCACCCGCCUCUAGUAUACCGAAGAAACGUGAGUCGCUGCUGAAGUGGAACGGAUGGGGAUAUAAGGACUCGAAGUUUGAAUUUGACCACAAGAAUCAUAUGUUCAGUUUUACGGGCGAAAGGUAUCGCAUCGGGAGUCAAAAUUUGCCACUUUUUAGUCAAUGGGUUGAGACAGCCCUUGGCGUUGAUCUCAAGAAGCGCUUCUACUCACAGUCAGAGUCGGAAGCGUUGGAUUUGCCGAAACCCAUAGUCAAUGAGCAGCUGAUGAACGAUCUGCUGAAGACGUCGAUCGCCCACUCGUUUGACGCCAGCGAUCGACUGUUCCGCAGUCACGGCCACUGUUUGCACGAAAUAUUUACGCUCAGAGGCGACAAAUUCAAAAGAGUUCCCGAUCUAGUCGUUUGGCCCAAAGCGCACGAAGAAGUGGUGACUAUUGUCAAGUUGGCCACCGAUCACAAUGUCGUAGUCAUACCGUUCGGCGGCGGGACCAGCGUUUCGGGCGCUCUUGAAUGUCCAGAAAACGAGAACCGAAUGAUUAUUUCGUUGGACACCUCGCAGAUGAACCGUGUCUUAUGGGUCGACCACCAGAACCUGACCGCACACAUCGAGUGCGGCAUUUUUGGUCAGGAUCUCGAGCGAGAGUUAGCCAAACACGGCCUCUGCACCGGACACGAGCCCGACUCAUACGAGUUCAGUUCGUUGGGCGGAUGGGUGGCCACCCGGGCGUCCGGUAUGAAGAAAAACAUUUACGGCAACAUCGAAGACAUUCUGGUUCACGUGAAAAUGGUGACACCGAAGGGCACCGUCGAGCGCAACUGUCAGGUGCCGCGCAUAUCGUCCGGACCCGACAUUCAUCACUUCAUACUCGGUUCGGAGGGAACGCUGGGUGUCAUCACUGAAGUGACGCUCAAAGUGCGGCCGCAGCCCGAGUGCCAAAAGUACGGGUCGAUUAUAUUUCCCGACUUCGAUACGGGAGUGGCAUUCAUGCGCGAAGUGGCCAAACAGCAGCUCAAACCGGCGUCCGUUCGGCUCAUGGAUAACGAGCAGUUCAUUUUUGGUCAGGCGUUAAAACCGGGCGCCGCGUCGAUACUGCAGUCAAUAGUGGACGGGUUUAAGAAGUUUUACGUGACAAAAAUCAAGGGCUUUGAUGUCAACCAAAUGUGUGUUUCAACGCUUCUCAUGGAAGGCAAUAAAGAGGACGUCGAGAGACUCGAGGAGAAGAUAAUAGCGAUUGCGGAACAAUUGGGAGGAAUGUCUGCCGGAGAAGAGAACGGACGGCGAGGAUAUCUACUGACAUUCGUUAUCGCAUACAUUAGGGAUUUGGGAUUAGACUAUGGAGUGGUCUCCGAGUCGUUCGAGACAUCCGUGCCGUGGGAUCGGUGUCUGGAUUUGUGUCGUAAUGUUAAGGAACGGCUCAAUAAUGAAGUGAAGAAAUACGUGACCACUAAACCGGCGCUCAUCACGUGUCGCGUCACUCAGACCUAUGACGCGGGCGCCUGUGUUUACUUCUACUUCGCGUUCAACUAUCAGGACGGCAUCGCCGGCGGAGAUCCGGUCCACGUAUACGAGACCAUUGAGACGGCGGCCCGAGAAGAGAUCAUUGCCACGGGUGGCAGUAUAUCCCAUCACCACGGGGUCGGCAAAAUACGUAAGCAAUGGCUCGAACAGACCAUAUCCAACGUAGGCCUGGGUAUGCUAAGGGCUGUGAAGCAAUACGUCGAUCCCGACAAUAUCUUCGCCAAUGGAAACCUCAUGAGUUGAUGGCCAUCGCGUUGACUGUCAGCCCCCACCACAUACCCAACCCCUUCUCAACCGAUGCAACUGUUCUUCUGUCGCAACCAUUUUACGUGUCUUUGAAUACAAUUUCAAAGCAUUAAAACGAUUGAAAAUUUUCAACUAAUUUAUUUGUAAUCACGAAACGGAC